CGCAAAUUAUUGUUAACACGAAUAUCGUCAAAAUUAAGAUUUUUAGAAUUCCUAUUUCUCUUCUAACAUCACUUUUUCUAAGGAAGCCUACUUUCCACAAUACUAUAUUAUAGAGAUUCUCGUUUGUCUUUAUUUGUAAUUAAUAUAUUGUUUGCAACUAUGAACAUUAUAUUAAAUAUACGUGUAAUUGCUAUCGAAUAAAAUUUAUAAGAACUAUACGUGGUAUUAAUUACAUUGUCAUGUUACAUGUUGCAUGUUACAUUUUGUAAUAGUGGCACUGCAUCAGACGGCCCUGAAGUACUAGUGUUGGUAACAAGUGGCUGUUCUAUUCUCAAUCGCUCUGCGGAGCACAAAUCGUUUAGAGAACGAUCAUUCUUUAAACAUGCGUUUAAAGACAUUUUGAUUUGCAUAGAGAUGCUUUAUUUAUUGCACUGUCACUCCUAAGUUCAAGUAUUAUACUAUUUAUGCUGUCUGAAGGAUAUGGAUCCAGGUAUUUUAUUAAGGAAAAUAGAUCAUUAUCACAUUUGUAGUAUCUUAAAACAAAAGCAAAGAUACAGUUGUUAAAGUAACAGAUUGGUUACGUGGAAUUUGGGAGAUGAGGCGUCAAAAUGGUCCGGUUCAACAAUGGAUAGAUUCCAUACCGUCACCUAUAAAAUCAAGCUUCUCAAUAAAAAAUGAACAUCAAAGGGAACUAACUGAAAAGCCUAAUAUCUCACUGUUACAAACAGAGCCUAAAGAUAUUCCAUGUUUUAAAGGAACAAAACAGCCAAGUAUGACUGUUUCAGCACCUAUAAAUGUUCCUAGUACAACAUCAACGAAUAAUGCAACAGGCCUACCAAGCUCAUUACCUCAUAAGCUGAUGCGUGAUCCUAGUUUACAAUCUGAUAGUAGUCACUGCAGUAGCGUAGAAAGUUUACUAGAAUUAAGAAAGGCAGAUCCAGAAGCAAUUUUACUUGGCCUUGGAUUUGGUGGUUGCUCAAAUAGCCCACAAGAAAAUGGUUCUUUUUCUCGAAUACCAAAAAGAUUUUUACAACCAUCAAAAUUGAAAGGAAUAGCUAUCAAUGAUUUUAUGAAGCAACAACAAGAAACUAGCGAAUCCUUUGAUUCUGUAUCAUUAGGAUAUAGAGGUUUAACAGGAUCGCCGUACGUAGCGCCCUCGGAAAUUGUACAAAAAAUUGUACAGCGCUUACGAGAACAUGAAAGUCAUGAACACGAUCCGUAUGCAACAUAUAAUUCUUAUGAACAGUAUAGUCCGUUACAGUGUAAUGGUACAACACUGUCUGUACUGUCUCCUGAUAAUAGACAAUUUUUGGAACGACCGCGUUCAAAAAGUCCUGAUAUGCGUAAUAAGCGUAUGAUUAUUGGACAAAAGUCAUUUGCAUUCGGGCACGAUGGUGAUCUAAUCGAAAUUGACCCAUCUGAUGCAAAUAGGUCGCCUCGAGAUGACUCAAACGAUUCUAAUACUAUAAAAAAUUCGGAAACAUCCGAUGAUUUACAAAACAGCGAUACUAAUCACUGCAAAAUCACAGAAACAGAGAAAGUAAUACCAAAGCGAUUAUUGUUCGAGGAUAGUAUUGAAUUUGAUAACAUCGAUAUCGAUUCGUCGAUACAAACAUAUAAAGAAAAUUCAAAUACGCAAAAUACAAACUUUGAUGAAAAUACUGAUUGUAAAGAAGAUGUAUCUUUAAACGUAACUUCAUAUAAUUUGAGUGAUGUCCGAAGGGCCAGCUCUGGAUCUUGCGAUACAAAGAUAGAAAAGGUUUCAUUGACAGUACAAAGAAGAAGAUACAGCGACGGCUUCGUUCAAACUACCGAAAAUACUAACGAAACUAAUCUGAUACGAAAAAGAAAAACUUUGAAACGACAGACUAGAAUAAGUGACACGCAUACGAUAACAGAUUAUUGUGAUUCAAAAGCGUGUAUUCCUGAUACUAUACAACACAAAGAAUUAGAAUGUAACUUGCAUAAAAAAACUGAUGCUUCUGAGCACAAUGAAAGUAUUCGGAUAAAAUUAACGCAAAAUAUCAAUGAAAAUGUAAACGUAAAAGCUGAAAAUGAAAAUGAAAAUCGCAUUAUAAAAUGUUCUUCACAUAUAUUUUCCGAAGAUACGAGUAACUGUAUACAAUCUGAUAGUAGCAGUAGUAGUUUAAUUAAAAGAGAACGGCAACAAGAUAACAAUGAAUGUUGUGUUGAGAAGAACCGGUCUGUAAAUCAAGAGGAAGAAACAACUUGUUGUUGUCAUUCUGGUACUAAAAAAUAUUGGAAAAAGAUGGAGAAAAUUAUUCAAGAAAAUAAGAACUUGGAAAGUAUGGUAGCAAAAAAUAGGAGAGAAAUGCGAGAAAUUCGAGAAAUGUUAAGCAGCGUGUUAUCCGUACGAUUAGAACCUGGUUUUUAAUUUGAAUGUAGCAAUAUAGUAUAUCACGUAAAAAGGUUUACUCGUGAAAAGUACGUGAACAAUAAUUGAGCAUUAAAGUUUUAUGAUAUAUGUAAAACUUUUAAAUUUGUUACAGCAAAAUACAUAUCUACAAUUAUUUGUUGUAUACUCGCGUUCCAGAUAAAUAACUGCUCUACGUAUAUGCAUAACGAAAACGAUUCACAAAAUUAUCUCAGGAAGUGAUAAGUACCAUAAAAGAUAUUGAUGCCAAUAUUUUAUAUACCAUAUAUAAACAUCUUUAUUUAUAACAGAGCUAUAAUUCGUUCAAUGAGAGAUCAUACUCUUAACUUGGUGGCACUUCGUGAUCAUUUACACAGCGGACAAAGAUAUAUUCGAAUAGAGGAAACGAGUGAUAACGUCGAAGGCCGAAGCGUAUACUGAAUACAUAUGUAAAUAUGUAUGUACGUAUAAGAUCUCUGGAUAUACAUACGCUAGGUGCCACUCUGCGCUUGCGCAGACGAAAAAUCGUACGACAAGUAUAGUCUUUUCUUGAACGAAUAUUUUUAUGAUUUAAAUUAUGAAUAAAGAUGUAAAUGUUUUGUUAGAAUUUCAAAUUUUAUUUUUCAUCGAAUAUGAAUAAGAUUUAUAGAAUGUUCUAUAUUUGAUAUGACAUUUAUGAUUAAUGUAUAUUUGUUUCUAUUAUCACAAGUAAUUGUAAUAUUUCGUUAUGUUUGAAAAUUAUUAUUAUUAUUAUUAGAUUAUUAUCUAUUUGUUACUUUCACAACAUAUUUUAUAUUUGCCUUAUGUUGAAUUUUCUACCUUAAUGUUACGUUAACAUUUGAAUAACUUUAUGUCUGUUUAAUUUUGUGUAAUAUAUAUAUGAAUACGUUAAAAUUCUAAGCGCAAUUAAAAUAUUGUUUUGUAAUUUUGCAUUUCAUAAAUAAUGGUACACUAAAAAUAAUGGCAGUUACAGAGAUAUCUACAUAUUGUCAGGACAGAAAGUUGGAAAUCUAGUCUAAAACAAGCUUUCACAGUAGCAAUGGAGUUUCAGCAAUAUUACUGUUUCUUGAUUGGUAUCUAAAUACGUACGACGUAAUUACUUACUGAUAUUUCACACUGUUUUGUGCGAUAUUUAUGGAGUGUUUAAUAUAUUUUAGACAUAAAUGAAAGAUGAAAAUAUGAUUGAAUCAACAUUGAUAGUAUUUUCAAGUUUGCUUUGGAUGAAAAGCAAAAAGAUCUGUUUUAUCGUAUUUUAACGUUUGUACUUUUUACUUUUAAAGGCAUAUGCUCUAAAAAGAUGUAACGAUCUUUGAAAUUUACGACCAAGAAUAAAAACAAAAUAUAAUUUUGUAUAAAAUCAACUAUUUUUAAUGCUCAAAUAUGUAUAUACUCUUCUUACUAUUACUAUGAAUUAAAUAAUUUUAUCGGAGUUGUUGAUAUUUCUAACAGAAACUUUUCCCGACAUAAUUAUAUAUAAUUAUUAUAAGAAUUUUAUUUGGUCGUUAUUGAUUAAGAGUGAAUUUAAAAACUUUUUUAAGAUGUUACCAAAACUUUAUGUAACAAAAUUCUUACACUUAUUCGUUUGUUGCUUUUUUCCUUCCAACAUAUCAUUUAAUAUUAACAUGUUAAAAUUUGUAAUACAAAUUGUAAUUCACAGUAUGCGCCCACAUUCCAAUAAAUUUAAGUUUUACAAACAGGAGAGGAGCUCUGUAAAAAAUCUGUACAAAUAAUAUAGGAAUAAUGAAUAAACAAUUAACACGA